UUCCACCACAAGAACUGGGUCCAUUGUUAGCCACACUUUCUACUGUUCAAUGGGUACAGAAAUUAAAUUAAAAAAAAUAUUUUUUUCAGAAUUUUAAAUUUUAUUCUGACGGGCGUUUGAUUAAACCAGUCAAAAUGCUUGCUUCACACGAUGGAAACACUAAUCCUGAUGAUAUUUAUUUUUUUAUAAAUAUUAAUGAAAAUGAUAAGGACAGCUGUGAAUGUUAUAGUAAAUGUGAAUGCUGCAAAUUUGUUAAUUAUUUGCCUGAAAGAAACAAUUAUAAAUUUUUUGUUUAUUUGCCUAAUAUGCUUCAAAACCGUUUGCAUUUGGCUACGGCUAUUUUCUGGUUUAGACAGUUUUCGAAGAUACACUCUUCUUCAUUUUUCAUUGAAGAACAUCGUUGGACAAGAGAUUUUAUUUCCAAUUUUCUCUCAAAAUUUAAUUUAAACAAAUUUUUGCCGAUAAGUACAGACGAUUUUCGUUCAUAUCAACCAAUUUCAAUGUCCUUCCUUCAAAAAACUUUGCUAGCCAAAUCAAUCACAAUUUGGGAUAUUAAAGGAAAUUUGGAAUUUUAUAAUUAUUUAAUUAAUAAAGAAGGAAAUAAAAAAAGAUUUUAUCCAGAAUCGUUAACUGCUUUUGGCUUUUUACCUCAAAAUGUUAAAUUUAAUGGGGAUGAGCAACAAGGAUGGGAUAAUAUUUUUGAUGCUCUUAUUAAGCAUUGCCGUAAGACUCGCCAUCCAGAUCAAAUAAUUAAAAAAAUUAAUUUGAAUUUUUCUUCACACCCGGCUCCAUGGAUACAUACAAACAUUACUGGAUUAAGAUUAAUUUAUCGUUCCACAACAUUUAAAGUGGAUGAAGAAGAGGGGACAGAGAAUGAAGAGGUUGAAGUUCGUUAUAGUCUAGUGAAUAAAUUUGAUGCGUCUAAACGCUUUGAAAUUCGUGUGGAAUGUUCUUCGAAUGCUUUGAAUGAAGAAAUGAAUGAAUUUACUCUGAUCCGAGAAGUGUCUGAUGAUUAA